CCUUGUUUCAUAGCGACGAUUUAGAAUUUAAUCUUCUUAGGAUCUAAUUAUCAAGCUUAUUCUUUGCAUUAACUUGCAAGGUGCAAAAUUUAUUAAGGAAAGACGCAUUUCACGGUGUGCUAUUUUCGAUUUUCUGCAGCAACAGUAUAAAAAAUUCAUCCACAGAAAUUUUCUUAGAGAAGAUUUUAAGCCUUCAUUUCAAGGUGAUAGCAGGGGUGCAAGGCUGAGCCCCCUUGUUAUAGGUGAUACAGAUAUAUUAGCAAAAUGAUUUGAAAUGAUGUUUAAAUUUUGUUUGUGCAAUUGUAUGAGCUACUGAAGAGUCAUAUGGUUAUCUAUUUUCAUUAUUGAUCACUCAAUUUAGCAUUCGUAGAAGGUAACACAGUGUCAGCAUGGUACCGGACACAUUUCUAUGAACCACUAUCUAAGGAAGAAAUUGCCUUUGAAAUAAUUGUCUCUCGGCUAGGGACGACUAUAGCACUGUAGCUUUUAAUCAAUUCUUGGGGCCAGUUUGAUUAAAAUGGGUUUUACAUGAAGCAAGCUUGUGGUUAUAAAUGAACCCUUGAAAAUUCUUCUUGUUUCCCUAUACUCCUUCGUUGCACAAGAUAUAUUGGUCACUGUACUGCUGCUAAUGGCGGUCUUUUAAGAUGAACAGUAAUUUAGUGCAAUAAAAACACUACUUUGCAACAAAGCUGUCAUUAUUAAGGAUAAACAGCGGAGGUAGUCACGCGAAUGAUUUUAAGGUUGGUUGGGAUCUUUCAGGGAACCUGAACAAUGUCUUAACUCAUUAAGUAUGAAAUCCCCUUCCCAACUAUUUUUAUAUUACAUGAAUAUAUGCAGUUUGUGGUUGAACCGCAUGUGAAAAGAAAGAAAUGCUCGCUAUUAAGCAAAACGCGAGUCUACGGUUUGUUAACUGCUCUGGUCUAGGCUGAAAUAUCAGGUAGAACGCAUGUGCUCGAUAUGUGACGAUGAAAACUGUUCUUCUAACACGAGAGACAACAAAAGAAAGUAGCAAGAAGUUAUUGCCGUUGCAAUUCAUUGGAACAAAGCCGCUAUUUGCACGUAUACCAAUGUAUAUUAUACGCUAUAGCUGCAAGUGAUUAUAAAAGACAAAAUGUUUUUAGCACACACGGCGUUGGAAAAAAGUUGGAGAUUUGACUAAGCUAAACAAAUUGGCUUCAGCUAACUUUGCCCUUCAUAGAAUUACGCAGAUCUGGCUGAUUUAUUCUUUUGCAAACAGCAGUUUUUUGUGCGUUCAGUUUAAGAACCAUGGAUGUAUUUGAUGACAUAAAUUCGCCACAACCGAGGAUAAAUCGAGGCAAAAGACGUUAUACAUUGAAUUCAAACAGGCUGACUUUGAGGAGUAUGGAUGAAGACGAUUUUGGAAAUGAUUCCAUACAAAGUCAUGGACCGACUAUCAAAGAUCAAGAACACAUGGUACAAGACCUCAAAAAAGAAAACUUCGAUUUAAAGCUAAGGCUGUAUAUGGAACAGAAGCAAAAUGAGACGUCAAGCGGCAAACUUGAGGAGUACGAACAACAAAUUUCACAGUUACUUGACAAAUUGGAAGAGUCAUCAAGAAUAUCGAAGGCGAUGGAGGUGGAGCUGAAAGAGACACGGCUUAGAGAAAAGACUUUAGUAACGAAGCAAAAGAGACUCGAAACAAAGUGCGUUGAGCAAAAUGAAAAGAUUCAUAAUCUGUCCGCUGACCUUACGAAAAUGCAAUCGUUGAGCAUGCAAGACCUUUCCAGCAUCAAACACAGCACGCCCCUCAGACAUGCCCAAUCAGAAUUCAAGCUGUCCCCCCAUUUGGAGGAUGACGUCAGCGAUGAAGAAGAUGAUGACGGCGAAGAGGAUUGCCAUGAAAAUAGUAAGCCGCUGUCCCCUGUGACUCCUAUGAUAAGAACCCAGUCGACUGACUCGAAUGAUGGUGACUACAUUUUUGAAGACGAGGCUGAAGACGAAUCGGGGCAAAGGACAAGGGAAUAUAAUGAACGUGGAACAGUGAAUGUUGAAAAUGUCACAAUCCACCAACGUAAUAACUCUUCCCGAAGUUAUAAUAGCCAGUACACUCCAGUUAGAAAUUUCUACAAAUACGAAUAUCCCGAUGGGCGCCCUAUCGCAACAACCAUUCCCCGUACAACAGGUGAACCAGAUAAUAUCGGCGUUGUUCGUCCAAAUAAUUCAAGGAUUGGUAUCGAGGCUAACAUAGAGACAUACAGUCCGCAACAAACUGGUGAGAAGAAAAAGAAAAAGAAAGGACUGAUGAGAAUUUUCAAAUUAUGUGGCGGCGGAAAAUCAUCGAAUUUGCAGAGAAAUAAUAGUGUUUAUCAAAAGACAAAUAUACGAGCAAUGCCAAUACCGGAAGAGAGGCCACCCGACUACAGGUUAUAGUUUGAAGUGUGAAUCCAACAAUAAUCAACUGCAAUAUAUAAAUAUAUAUAUUAAUCGCUGAUCGAUGAUUAGUUGAUCACCGAUUGAGCAUUCAUUUACCAAUGAUUGUUCCUUUAGUGAUCUUAGAUCUCACAUCAUUGUGAGAUUUUCGAAUUUUUAAUUCGCGAUGAUCACAGUCUCACUAGUCCCUGCAUGAAAAGGCUCCUUAGAUUAAAUAACUUAGAAUUAGAAUGCUAUUAAGUUUUUAAUUUUGCGUUCCAUGUUUGCUAUCCGCUUGAAUCUCAACUUUACAAAUCUUAAACCAGACAGAAAAUAUAACGGCAAUUGGCUACAACGUGCAAUUGCUUAAUCUUGAAAGGCGGGUAUGGAUGAUUUGUCAAUGUCCAAUGCUCUAGUCCCUAUUAGCUAGAAUCGUUAAAUACCAACUUAGGCGGUAGCAAAUGUAUUUUUCAAACGAGAAACUUCAUUGUUUUAUUGGUUUUAGAAUUAAAGAUUACUAGGAUAUACACACAAACGGGGUCCUUGGUUGCGCAUGCGAUAAAACUUGAUUUUCACACAUAGGUGAAAACUAUUUUGUAAGUUUUUGUACGUUACUCUUCACACUUGUUUAUGCCAUAUAACAAUUGUUUAUUUCCACGUGGUUAACAAGAACUUUUCACAUGGCAACUUAUCUGAGUGAACUGCUCUUUAGAUCGACUUUCCAAAGUCGUUAGAAAGUAUUUUCCUUUUGUUCUCUGUCAAUGAAAAAUUUUCUGCUCUACCAAGGGCCGCAAGUUGGAUCUUCAAAGUUAAUCUUAAAGAUUUAGUAAUUAUGUUUUUCUCGCAUUUUACGUUGAAAUAUAUUUGUUGAUAAACGGGUAAUAAAGGUUCUUUCACUAAGAUUUUAGCAUUUUCAAUAAGAUUUGCAUUUUGAUGUUAAUGUUCGCUACCCUGGUGGUAAAAAUGCCGUUCAGUCUUUUAACUUUGAGCGAAUUUGCAUCACUCCUUACGCGCCGAACUGGUAUGUCCUCUUCUAAGCAAAAUAGGAAACCAAUAAGCAUAAAAUUUGUAACCCAGUCCAGAACACUGUUUGACAGAUACACCAACAAAACGCUACGGGCCUUCCAAAAACAUUUAAACAACGCUACUCCUAGGUGUGGUACAUAGAUUGGUUUUGUUUCAAAGACGGUUAUAUUGGAAUAUUUGUCAUUGAAUGAUUUUUCAUUUACAACCCCAGUUGAUUUUCAGAGGCGUGUAAGGGGUAUGAAUUCCCUGAAGUUGUCAACCUUUUUGACCGUGACUGUUCUUGAUUGGGUAUCUGUAUUUGUAGAAAUCUUAAAUUUUUGUGUAUUUUGCGAACACAAUUGUACGUGGGUCGAAAUGUAAAUAUUCUGAAGAAUUUGGGAAAUUUGUUUGAAUUAAAAAGAUGAGUUUUUGAAUGCGAAAUUGCUGGUAAAUAAACUGCCUCAUUUUUGUUGUAUCAACUU